ACUACAAUCUUGACAGCACUAUAAAAAUUAUAACCUCAAAAAUGCAAUAAAAAUAAACAUAAACAAUCCAUGAAUUUUAUUUUAUAUUUGAUAAAUUAAGAUUUUUAUAGAAAUUGAUAAAAAAACGACUUUGUAAUGGCUACAGAUAUACAAUGCACUGAAGAGAAAAAUCAACAGCAAAUUGAAGAAGAAACCUUGAGGCAAUUAUUGAUAUUAGAAAGAGUAUUUCGAGAGCACAAUGCUUUAACCAAAAAAGAACUGCAAUUACAAAAGGAACUGGUAAGCAGAAUAUGGAUCUUGGCUCAAAGAUAUAUACUGUUAGAAAGCACUGGUACUUGCUGCCGCUACCCGGAAAUUUAUAGCGGCCCUGCAGAAGACACCCUAUUGCAGGAAUUUACCGAAAAAUUGAAACAAAUAAGAAGUUCAAAUUGUCUUAUGAGCAAUUCUUUAGAUGAGCUGCGAAAAUCCUGUCUGGUCUUUAACAACCUAUGCUCCCAACUCAAUAUGGAAAUUGAGAGUUCUCUAAUAACUGGUGAUGCUUUCCAUAAACCUAUAGCAUAUUUUAUUGAAUUAAUUAGCGAUCUAUUUAAAUAUUUCCAUGCAUGGUUGCUGAAACUAAAAUACUCAUCGCAACAGUUUGAUCCGGUAAAAAUAGAAAGCAUAGAAAACUAUAAAAAACAAAUUGAAAUAUCUGAAGAUUUUGAGGAAUAUUUAAAUGUUGGUUUGGCAUAUUGCAAGUGUCUACGGCCAAAAACAUCUUGCUAAGGGAAACACUUGGUCAGAGUCCAUAAAUGGCAAAUCACAAUCAUAUCUGUUUUACAAAUGUAAUAUCUUGUAGUUUUUAAUAAAAAAUCGUCACAUUCAACACAAA